AUGUCUCUCAGCUCCAGCAAGCCGCCUUCUCCUUACAAAAUGCUCCUUACGGUCGAACCUCGAAAGUCCAUCAUCGAACUAGCCGAAGAGUCAGGCCUAUUCGACAUCAAUGCCUCCGACCUUGUCUGCGAGUCUUCUGCCAACGGCAUCUGCUACUACGACUUCGUGCUCAGUUCACACAUUGCCAGUUCUUCGGAUGGCGGUACCAAGCUCUACCUCGCCAAAUUCGACGGCAAAGUGAACCUUGAAUACUUCGAAAUGGCUCAUAUUCCUAACGAGCUGUUCGAAGAUGGGCUACCGCAAACUGAUAUUGCUCUGAUGACCCUCGGAAUCCUGACCUGGAAGCAUCUGAUCGCCAAGAGUCGCGUUCUGUGCCUCGUCCGCAAUAUGGACGGUGACUGUUCGCAGGCUUUGGAGGCUCUGAAACGUGCUACGCACAAGUUCAGUUGCCUCCACCACGUGCAGGCGACUGGUCGCCGCAAUUCGACGUCUUCCACUUCGAGCCAUGGUUCUUCGCAGUCGGUUCUCAACGAGGGCAUGAAGAUGCGUGUCAUGCUCUGUCAGACCAGGAACGUCGUUGACCAUAUCCCCACCCAGGCCAUUCGUGAAACCAAGGCUCUUUUGAAUCCAUCUUCGAAUCCGAUUCUUUGCAUCUGCUUCCCGAUCUCUUGA